UUCAUCAAGAGUUUUGUCUGGUUUUGGAUUCUGCGGGAUGUAAUUUUCUCACCUUUGCGUCUUUGUCUCCACCAGAUUAUCGUUGACGAUGAUGACAGUAAGGUGUGGUCGCUGUAUGACGCCGGCCCGAAGAGCAUCAGGUGUCCCAUCAUCUUCCUCCCUCCGGUCAGCGGGACGGCUGAGGUGUUCUUCCAGCAGGUGUUAGCUCUGACCGGCUGGGGCUACAGAGUCAUCUCGCUGCAGUAUCCGGUGUACUGGGAUCUCAUGGAGUUCUGUGACGGCUUCAGGAAGCUUCUCGAUCACCUGCAGUUGGACAAAGUCCAUGUGUUCGGGGCGUCCCUGGGAGGAUUCUUGGCUCAGAAGUUUGCAGAGUACACACACAAGUCUCCGCGCGUGCACUCACUGAUACUGUGUAAUUCAUUCAGUGAUACCUCCAUCUUUAAUCAGACGUGGACAGCCAACAGUUUCUGGUUGAUGCCGGCGUUCAUGCUGAAGAAGAUUGUUCUGGGGAACUUUGCUAAAGGACCUGUGGAUCCUAAAAUGGCAGAUGCUAUCGACUUCAUGGUCGACAGG